GCCCGCAGCCAGGAUGUGCGGGCUGGGAGCAGCAGCUGCGGCUUCAGGAGUCCCCGGGGCGCAGCCCAGGCACGUCGGCGCUAGAGCCAACGGCCCCCAGUGAAACCGAAACAGAGACAGCGUCGCGGCUGUCGCGGGCCGCGGACCGCGCAGGGCCCCCCGCGGGGCAGCGCGACGGUACGCCCCACGGCACGCCCCACGGUACGCCCCACGGUACGCCCCACGGUACGCCCCACGGCACGCCCCACGGUACGCCCCACGGUACGCCCCACGGUACGCCCCACGGCACGCCCCACGGCACGCCCCACGGUACGCCCCUCGCCGUCUUCGGGGAAGUGCCGCCAGUGGCGUGUCCCGCCGUGGAUGGAGUGAAAAGGACGCGACAGUCAGCCGAAUCGCGAGAUGGCCGAGCGGGACGCUAGCUGGGGCCUGGCCCUGGGCCCUGCGCUGGGCCCCGCCCUGGGCCCCGCCGCCCAGCACGACGCCCUGCGCGCGGCCAGCUGGAGGGACGACGCCGACGGCGUGCUGCAGCGCGCCUUCGAGGCCGUCGAGUCCAUGAACUUCCUCAACGAGCACCCCGCGCCGGCCAGCAGGACCAGCAGCCUCAACGUGGCGGACUACCGGUCGCUGCGUCGCCCCAAGGCGCCCAAGGAGACGCCCCUCUCGGCGUGGCAGUGCGCGUCUUCGCUGCGGCGGGACGGUUCUCUGGCGACCGGGGCCCGCGGCCUCAACGGCGGCCUCAACGGCGGCCUCAACGGCGGCCUCAACGGUGGCCUCAACGGCGGCCUCAACGGCGGCCUCAACGGCGGCCUCAACGGCGGCCUCAACGGCGGCCUCAACGGCGGCCUCAACGGCGGCCUCAACGGCGGCGUCAACGGCGGCGUCAACGGCGGCCUCAACGGCGGCCUCAACGGCGGCGUCAACGGCGGCCUCAACGGCGGCCUCAACGGCGGCGUCAACUACCCCGCACCCAGCUUCAGCCCGCCGUCCUCGGAGCGGCCCGGGCCGCGCCCCACGCCGCCCAACUCGCUGCAGCUCAACGGCGCCCCCAGCUACGCGUCGCCAGUGACGGCCCCGCUCUCGGACACCUCGCCCGAGAGCCCCACCGAGGCCUUCCCCUCGCAGCAGAACUUGUACUGCUCCAACGGCAGCCUGAGCAGCGCGUCCGUCCUCGACGACCUGAGGCAGAGCGAGCUGCACCUCAAGAGGAAGAAGGCGUUCAUCGAGCGCGUGCUGGAGCAGCACGAGAACCUCUCCGAGCAGAAGAGGCGCAACGACAUCUUCCAGCUGUGCGACAGACUGCAGUCCGCCGAGGUGGCCGCGCCGAAGCCACACCAGAAGAGUUCUAGGAUCAAAACAAACGGCUCGCUGCCCAGAGACAAGUGCGGCCUGGAGUCUCCCGUCCUGUCGCCGAGGAGGCUGCAUUCGUCCUCCGACGAUUUACACUCGUCAGGAAACUCAAGGCCCGAUAACGCCGUCCACCACGGCGCGGUGCACGGCGCGGUACUCGGCUACGAGAACGUGAACCCCGGCGACCUGGCGGCGCACCUGCUCAACGGCAGCCCCAUCUCGCCGUCCAGCCCGCGGCGCGGCAUCCGCACCGUGCUGCCCGCCAAGGAGGCCUUCUCCUUCCCCCAGGACAUCACCAACGAGGUGAUCGAGAAGCACCCGGAGCUGUACAAGCAGAGCCAGCACACGCCCAAGACCCGGCCGCGGCCGGGCAUGACCACGUCCACGCCCCGCGAGCAGCCCGUCAGCACCGCCGCCAAGCCCGAGGCCGCCAAGCCCGAGGCCGGCAAGCCCGAGGCCCGCGCGGACGCGGCCGGCGAGAAGGUGGUGGCCCUGAGCCUGGAGCUCGAGUUCGUGCAGAAGGAGCGCCUCAAGAUCAUGUCCGCCAUGACGGUGCUCAAGACGCGCCUCAGCGAGAUCGAGACGCAGCAGGAGGACGCGGAGCGCGACGCGUCCAUGGAGCAGGCCUUCAUCCGCGCCGAGCUGCAGUCCAAGCGCGACAAGGCGCGCACACUGCAGGCGCGCAUCGCCAGCCUCCGCGAGCGCGCCGACAAGUGCCAGCGCGAGAUCAACCUGUGGCAGGACGACCGCAACCAGCAGCAGCGCGUCUUCUCGCUGUCCGUGGAGGCCGCCGAGGCCGCGCUCGAGGAGCUGCGCGACCAACUGCGGCGCUGCCAGGACGACGCCGAGCGCAACGAGCUCCGCGACAAGAUCUACCAGCAGGCCGACGUCCUGGACUCGGAGAAGAAGCUCUACGAGGACCUCGAGUUCAAGUACCUGGAGGAGGAGUCGGUGUGGCUGGCCAAGAAGGAGGAGCUCAGCAAGGAGCUGGCCGAGGCCGUCAAGAAGUACGACGAGUACGACGCCCAGAUGUGCCAGCUCGAGUCCUGGGUCGACAACGAGGGCGCCGACGCCGUGCAGGCCGAGGGCUUCACCGAGCAGAAGCUGGCGUACCUGCAGCGGCUCGAGGAGGGCCAGUCCCAGCUGGACGUCCUGGACGCGCGCAUCGAGGAGCUGAAGAGGCAGGGCGCCACCUCGCUGGGCGCCAACGACGGCGAGCCGCAGGCCAAGCUGCUGUCCGCCUCGCUGUGCGACCUGGACCUCACCCUGACGGACGCGUCCAGCGAGCGCAUGUCCUCCACGCCCGGCCUCACCUCGCUCGAGUCGUCCUUCUACAGCGGCCACCACCAGCCGUCCUACGGCGGCGAGAGUUCGUCGCGGGGCGCCGAGGGGGCCUCCACGCAGGCGCUGGCGGGCGACUCUCGGUACCAGCUCCACGGCAACGACGGCCACCAGGACGGCUUCCAGUACUUCCCCGCUGACACGCUGCCUUCCGCCAUCGAGGCGCGGGGAGUGGCCGGCGGGGCUGGCCCUGGCUGCCCCGGCUCGGUGGCGGCCCACGUGUCCUUCCGCGGCGGGCCGCCCUCCACCAUCGCGUCCAAGUCCGGCUCGGAGGACGGCCGGGUGCCCGACCUGCACGGCGAGGACGAGCUUCGAGAGCUCGGCGGGCACCGCAGCCGCCAGCGAGGCUCCGCCCCGAGGCAACAACGGCCCCUGACGCGCUACCUGCCCAUCCGCACCGAGGACCUGGACCUGCGGCACCACGUCGAGUCCGCGGGCCACGCCGUCGACGUCUGCCACUUCCUGACCAUCGACCGCACCUCCUGCCGCGGCGUGCUGCACAAGGCCUCCUCGCGCUUCAAGAACUGGCAGAAGAGGUGGUUCGUCUUCGACCGCAGCUCCCGCACGCUGUCCUACUACAAGAGCAGGCGGGACACCCGAGCCAGAGGAGGCAUCCACUUCCAGUCCAUUGCUGAGGUGUACGUAGACCAUUUAAAUGGUCACAAGCAAACCAAUCCCAACUGCGUAUUUGUGGUGAAAACGCUGCAGCGGUCCUAUCAUCUGAUGGCUCCAUCCCCUGAAGCCAUGCGGAUAUGGGUCGACGUCAUCUUCACAGGAGCAGAGGCUUACCAGGAGUAUGAUUGAGGUCUCUUUGAAGAGACCCCUCGUUAUGUUCCUGUGGUAUUAUUCUUUUGGUUAGUGGGAAAGGUGCAUUGUGAUGCAGUUGUGAAGUACCUUAAAGCAUAAAAGAGGCUUGUGAUGUGAUGAAUAGGACCAGGAUUAACAUAGGUAGCUGAGUUUGACUUACCUAUUUUCAGCUUCAUAUGGACUGUGGUUACUUUGUUGGUUUUGCUGUGAGAAACUUGCUAUGGAAGCACAUGGUGCUCAGUCGUUUUGCAAUUACUUAGUCAAUGAGAAUUGGUCAACUUACUUUCAGGGAAUGCAUUUCACAUUGCUUACCAAAGAUUGUUCUAUAGGGUUAUGAAUAAUGCAUUCAGCUGACCUGAUUUAGGUGUUACCUGUUUUUACAUAGAAUAUGUAACCAAAGAUUUUUUUGAGACAGUUAAGUGUCUAAGAUUCUCAUCUCUUCUGUUUCACCUUUAGUGUUCCACCUCUAGAGGUUUGUUCUGUAAACCAUUUAGUAUUUAAACCUUCAAUCUGCUACCAUGUUCAAAUUUGAAUGCCACACUGCUAUCCUAAAAUCUAAUUAGGAAGUCAAUCUCUAUUAUUAUUUUUCUAAUCUGUCUAAGAAUUUUACUUUUACCUGACAGGUAUAGCCUGUGGAUGAAUGGAUCUCUCAAAGUGUUUUUACUGGGCAACUAUUUUAUCAGUGAGGAAAUGUGCUAUUUUUUUAACUUCUUUUGAAGAAUGUACUGUAUAAGUAAAUGUUAUCCCAAAAUUGACUAUGAGGGUAUUCUGUGUUGCUCAAGAUGCAGCUCAUUUAGUUUUCACUGACAAACCAGAUGGUUGUUUCAUAAAUUUAUCAGCUUUGCUCAUGAAAGACUUUGAUAUGUCUUUACUGCUUUCUAUAAAAUAAUUUAACCAUGUUCUACAACUGCGUGACUCUAUUUUCUUUUAUACCAUAUCAUUGUAUGUGAUUGUAGUGUAAAUCCUCUAAGAAUGAUCAGAUCUUAUAAAGUUUUGAUCUUUUUGAUUUGUGUUUACCACUUUCUGAAAUAAUUAGUAGUGUAUUCUGGAUCUCUUUAUUAGGUUCCAAUGUUGUAACAAUAUUUAUUUUUAAAGAAGAGGCUUCAAUUCCUGUGCCAUUAUUAAAUAUUGUAUUCACUGUGGUAUUUUCACUUAGAUGUUAAAAAAAACGAUUUAUUGUUCAGAAUUUGUUAAAAAUAAUUUUUCUUAAGGUGCCUGAAUUUUGCAUUUUUGCGGAGCAUUGACAUGUGAGGUGUCCAAUUAUGUUGCUGUGUUCUAAUUUCUCUGGUGCAUAGUUAUAGUUGUGUUGCGUACUUUACUUAUUCUGAAUCAAUGAGGGCAAUUUUAAUAUUAGUGCCAGAACAAUUAUUGUAUUUAGUAUGCUGUUCAGUUUUGCCUGUAAGGCAGCUUAACGAAAUGAGGUCUUUGAGCAGCCCCUUCUCAUUAUAUGUAAAAAAAGAGGCAACUCCCGUUUUGAGGGAGAAGGGGAUUUUGAUCUUAUCUGCCAAAGCUGUAAUUAAACCAGACCCUUGGUUUGUUAAAUGUUCAUUCAUAAUUAUUUAUAUGCGUAUGUGUGGUGCUGCCAAGAUUUCCCAGUGUUUUUGUUGUUCAAGUAACAAGAUGCUGUGCAUCAUUGUUUCAGUCAUUUUACUUUGUUGUGAGCAGGAAGGGAAACUCAAUGUGAGGAAUAGUUCUUGUCAUGUUCUCUCAGCAUCCAUUGAUGCUACGGACUGGGAUGCUAGAUGGUCAUAGACCACCCAUCGUUUCAUCACAUGUUUUCCUCAUACUUGUUCUGUUACUUAAAUGUGAAUUAAACAAUCCUGCAAAUUUAAAAUGA